AAGCGGUGCCCAUGUGCACGAGAAAGGAAGGCGGCGGCAUUGCUGAUUGGUGCUUGGCGAGCUGCAGUAAAAUGGCAGCCAGUGUCGCCACAUUUAACGUUGACAUCCCUCGCUGGGACCAGAACACUUUUAUGGGCCGUGUGAAGCACUUUUUCAACAUCACGGACCCUAGGACGCUGCUGGUGUCAGAACAUGAACUGGAUUCAGCAAAGGCAUUGGUGGAGAGCUGCAGGGCAGGCAUUGUGCCUCCAGGAACCAACCAAGAGCAGCUGUUCUAUGCCAAGAAGCUUUAUGACUCCGCUUUCCACCCUGACUCUGGUGAGAAGAUGAAUUUGAUAGGGAGGAUGUCAUUUCAAGUCCCCGGGGGAAUGGCUAUCACAGGCUGCAUGCUGCAGUUUUACAGGACAGUUCCAGCUGUAGUUUUCUGGCAGUGGGUGAAUCAGUCUUUCAAUGCCAUUGUGAACUACACCAACCGGAAUGCUGCCAGCCCCAUCUCCCUCAAGCAAAUUGGAGUUGCUUAUUUCACUGCUACCAGCACUGCCUUGGCAACUGCCGUAGGACUCAACCUUUACACCAAGAGAGCGCCAUCCCUUGUGGCACGCUGGGUCCCCUUUGCAGCGGUAGCUGCUGCCAACUGCGUCAACAUCCCCUUGAUGAGGCAGCAGGAACUCAUAAAUGGGAUCACAGUGACUGAUGAGAACGACAACCCUCUGGGCAAGUCCAGGAGAGCUGCGAUCAAGGGGAUAACUCAGGUGGUGGUUUCCCGCGUCGCCAUGGCUGCUCCUGGCAUGAUUUUGUUGCCCAUCAUAAUGGAGAGACUAGAAAAAUAUCCUUUCAUGAAGAAAAUCAAGGUUCUCCAUGCUCCAUUGCAAACGAUACUUGUUGGAGGGUUCCUUGUGUUCAUGGUCCCGGUUGCCUGUGCACUCUUCCCGCAACGAAGCUCCAUUGCCCUUUCACAUUUGGAGCCUGAUCUCAGGCAAUCGAUUGUAGCCAGGCAUGGAGACAAUGUGCCUUAUGUCUAUUUUAACAAGGGAUUGUGAAUGAAGCCUCUCUUUUGGGAACUGCCUGGACCUGCACUCGUGCUCUGCCUUUGAGCUUCCAAGAAGCGUCUUGUUAGUCAUUGUGAGAAAUGGAGUGCUGGGCUAGUUGGACCUUUGGCCUGAUCCAGUCUGGCUGUUAUUAAGCUCUUAGCUGUACAGCACUCCUAAUAGGGAUAGGUGCUGUAACCUCACUAUGGAUUUUUCCUCCACCUUCCUGGCCAUAUAGUUCCUACUCCGUUCUGAUACAUUAUCUGUGUUCUAUGCAACUUUGGGAUUUCCAACGGGGUGCUGCAUUUUGUCUUUCCAAUGCAAUCUCUGCCAAGCUUAUCUUUGUCAAAAUCUGUCUUGGUACAAAACCUCCAAAUAGAUGUGAAAUGGGGAAGUUACUGCGGGCUUCACACUGGAUGACUCAAAAUCAAAAUAUAGGUCUGUAUCACUGUGGUGUUGAUUUUCUCAUGUGCCUUCAGAUGGACCAAUUUCCUCUGCUUAAUCAUUAAGAUAAAUCAUGUAAAGGUAGUUGACUUGGGGUGGUCAACUUGUUGUUAGAUUCCAACUCCCACCAGCUGUAGCUGAACCCUGCAACCUUGGUGUUAUCAGGACCAAGCUCUAACCAACUGAGCUGUCCACAUUCCCUUCUGGUCAACCUGCUGGGGCCCAAGGGCCAGUGGUGGAUGGAGCCAGAGGUGAAAGUGGGCAGAGCAACAAAUGUAAAGCACACCUUUUCACUGUAGGCUAGGGUCUACACACACACACACACACACACACACACACACACACACACACACACACACCCUCCAACCUCCAACCUCCAUCCAGGCAUGCAAGAGGCAGUGUAAGAGUUCAAGAACACAUUCCAGACAGGCAUAAACACUCAAGGAGGGUGGGGAGCAGGGCAGGGGAUGGUGUGUGACCUGGGAAGAUUCUCAAGGACCAGCUAGAGAUCCAGAUGGAGGCCUAAGGGCAUUUGGCCCUUAGGCUUCAGGUUGCCCAUCCCUUUGUCUGGCCUGUACCACUUUAGAGUGUAGGUGAGUGUUCACAUAACUGAAUGCUUCUCUGUACAAAAAACACAAAUACGCACACAUAUGGCACAGAAAAAUAACAUGAGAAGUGUAAGGCCUGAAAGGUCCCUAGAAGAACAUUCAUUAUGUGUGUUCCCCCUGUUGGUGUAUUUAAACUGAAUAGCUGCACAGCAAAAAACAUUCUGAGGAGACUGCAAAGUAUAAUUAGGAGUUGUUUUAAUUAAAGAAAAAUAACAGAAGUUACAUUAACUACAAGAACGUUACAAAAACAUAACCCUUCCAUGAGUACUCUCUUCCAGAGUACUGAGAGAGGUAUGCAGACCUCCUUAUAUACUGUAUCCGAUUGCUGACACGCCUUAAAUCAGGGGUCCCCCAAACUAAGGCCCGGGGGCCAGAUGCGGCCCAAUCGCCUUCUCAAUCCGGCCCGCGGAUGGUCCAGGAAUCAGCAUGUUUUUACAUGAGUAGAAUGUGUCCUUUUAUUUAAAAUGCAUCUCUCGGUUAUUUGUGGGGCCUGUCUGGUGUUUUUACAUGAGUAGAAUGUGUCCUUUUAUUAAAAAUGCAUCUCUGGGUUAUUUGUGGGGUAUAGAAAUUCGUUCAUAUUUUUUUCGAAAUAUAGUCCGGCCCCCCACAAGGUCUGAGGGACAGUGGACCAGCCCCCUGCUGAAAAAGUUUGCUGAUCCCUGCCUUAAAUAAUACAAACUUAACAUCCCUUGCUGUACUGCCCCACAGCUGCAAAACUAGGUCAUUACAUUUCCUUCUUUCUUUUAAAGAGAUACAUAUUUCUGUGGAACAGUAAUGAACCUUAAACUAUAAACCACUCAACACCCCCACCUGCACUCUGAAGUAAUUUCCAAACACAGGUUUGCCACUUUAUUGAGAAGUGCAAGUUACCCAGUUUGCUUAGGUAUUAAGACUGACUCUAAAUAGUUGACAUUUCCCAUGCUGAUUCUUUGGCAGCACCCGGGGUUAACAGAAAAGCAGCUGUGGGGCCUACGUGCAGACACAUGCUAUCAGUGCAGCUGGUUAAGGAUGCAAAUAGCACAUAUUUUCUACCUCUCCCAAACCAGGGUGUUGCACUAUUCUGGAGACAACACACAUCUGAUGCUCCCACUCUCUCAGGUGUAAGUUGAGCGCAGGUCCUUUACUGAAAUCUUCUGUCAGCCACAUACUCACCAGGUGGCUUUAGGUGAGCCUUAGUCCUGCAUCUCAGCCUUAGACCCCCAUCUUCAACCAAUAGGUGAUAAUACGAACCAAUCUUGAAGUUAACUGUUGUAAUGAUUAUUGAGAUAAUGUGUGUGAAGUGUUCUGAAACUUGAAAUGUCCUCUUUUAAAAUAGUAAAUACUGUCAUUAUGCAAAUCAAGUUCUUGCAUGCAGAAAUUAGAAUGCUUGAAGGGCGGGAGGACUCUGAUGCAAGGUAUUCAUUUAAGGUACAUGUGCCAAAUCAUGGUGAGAGGCUGUCCCUUGAUGGUACAUAUUUUAAGCAGCAGUUUAUUUUAAGGAUCUGAUUUGCCUUGCAUUGAAAAUGACUGUUUGAAUCCAGGAGCUUACUGAUUUUUAAUGUGUUUUAUUAUUUUUAUGUUAAAUGUUGCCCAAUUGUGUGUGUAUGUAUGCAUGUAUGUAUGUAUGUUUAUGCUGGUGCUAGCCAAAGUCUGCCAUAUUGGAUGGCAAAGUACUGGAAGAUAUUUUGCUUUUAGCCAUUCUUGGAUUUGGUCAGGAGGAACUGACAUUCAGUGUUGCUUAUUGGAUCAGGAAAAGCUCACACCAUUAAACCUGCCAGGGAAAGGCUUUGUUACAUGUACAGGAAAGACAACAGAAUAAACAGAAUAAAACACACUGCAAUCUUAGAAACUGUCCCUGGCUCUUCUCUUGUAAACAUUUGGAGCCAUGUUUUGGAGUGUCCUUUCUGCUUGUGGUAUUUAUUCAGCUGUGCAGCUAAGGCUUCUAUAGACCCUACAAACCCAUUAAGCCCACUGUGAGUCUCUCAGAUGUCUUAGACUACAAUUUCUAUCCUCCACAGGAUUGGCAAAAGCCUGAUCUAAGCAUUGGUGUUAAGAACAAAUAUUCUUAAAUUGCUGUUGCUUUCCUUGAUACGCACAGCCCAGGCAUUCCAUGAUUUGAACUGGUGACAUUCACAGAAUCUUCAAUGCAAUAUUCUGAGUCAUGCUUAAUACUCUACUGCACUGGGAUUUCAAAAAUGUUGGGGAACCCUGUGUAGAUUCAUAGCUGGAGCCUUCUGUAAAGCAUGAGAAAUCUUCCACUUUCCCAAGUAGUGAAAUCUGCUGAGUGACAAUAUGGAAACAAUAUGGAAAUCCCCAUUGAUUUUACUAGGGUUAUUAUUAGAGUCAUUAUCUUGGGCUGCUUGUGAUAUUGGGGUGGAAUAGAUUGAACUGGUUGUGUAAAACAGGUGAGUGGGUUGUGGCAAGCAUUUCCAGAAGGAUGGUGAGGUGAUGAGUGUUUCUGCUUCUACUCCAGAACAUUUCCCAGCUGCAUCUCCCGCAAUCUUAUUUUAUUUUUACUUUACUUAAAGGUAAAGGUACCCCUGACAGUUAGGUCCAAUCGCGGACAACUCUGGGGUUGCCUAUGCAGCUUCUGGCGAACCAGAGCAGCGCAAGGAAACACCGUUUACCUUCCCGCCGGAGCGGUACCUAUUUAUCUAGUUGCACUUGAUGUGCUUUUGAACUGCUAGGUGGGCAGGAGCUGGGACUGAACAAUGGAAGCUCACCCCAUCACGGGGAUUCGAACUGCCGACCUUCUGAUCAGCAAGCCCUAGGCUCUGUGGUUUAGACCACAGCGCCACCCGUGUCCCUUUUGACUUUACUUACAGUAGUUUCCUUAUUUUAAGCUACACCUCAUGCCACCUUAUUUUCCAUAUGCUUUGUGGACUCACUGUUGCUCCAGCUUUGUGCAGAUGACUGUUAGAUGCCCCUGUUUCUGUUUGAGGGAGGCCUGGGAUGAUAGACUGGUGACUCCCCAACCAUUUGUCAUCUGUUCUAAACUCCAAGGUCAGCCGAUCUCGGACCAAGUGCAAACUGAUUUCUUUACUCAUACAAAAGUACUGCCCAUCUAUCUGACCCUCCACUGAGCUAUACAGUUGGAUAAGAGGGUCUGCAAUCUGCAGCCUGGAGACCUCAGAAAAGGACAAAGAAGAUGGCUGCAACACUCUGCAGUGUACUAGAUGGUAAAGGCCAUAUAUACCACUUGACAGCAGAGGUGAUAAUUUGCAGCAUUGCAAUUGUUUUCUGAGGAGCUGCUUGUGUUUCUGCUCUGCCUGCCAAAUAUGCUGUAGAUCAGCAAUUUUCAGAAGACAGAGCUGUACCUCAAGUCUCAAUAUUUACCUUGCAUUGGCUUGACCGUUGGUCCACUCUGGCUGAAUGUUGCAAGAGCUGAUGUUCCCUAACUCUGGUAAACAACCUCCACCUCUCUCCGGCCUGAUGGCUGAACUGCUUAUCUGCUUCUCUAUUCUCUUCCUGUCCCCCUUUUGUAAUGAGUUGGUUUCCCUUCUCAGGUUUCCUAGAUAGGUUUCAAAUUCCACCUGACCUCACUGCCUCAGUUUGCAAUGCAGCUCAAGAGUUAAGUUUACUCCUGCUGCCCAUCUUUCAAAUGGGUUAUCCUUUAUUUGAGUGCCCCCUUAAACAUUUUUUGAGGCGGGCAUAAAAAAGGCACACCCCAAACCACUUUCCCUACGACAAUAAGUACAACUGCAUGCCUACAUGGUAUUGCACAGAAACCCUCAUUGUAUUCUAUCCCUGACCCUUUUCAGAUAAUUGGACGUAGAUCAAUCUAAAUCCAUACUGAGCAAAACACAAAUAGAAGUCAAUGGAAACUUCCCACCUGGGGCAAACAGAAUAUUUUUCAGCGGGAUGGUAGCGGGGAGGAAGUAAAAUGUUCCUCCAUGUACACUGUGACUUUGAUCUUGCUCGGAGGCCCUCCCUGUGGCUAUCUCAUAAUAUUUGAAAUGCAUAUUGGUUGUUUGCAUGCAGUCAGCAUCAUGUACAGUUUGGUUUCUAAAACACAUAGCUUUGUUACCUGGGAAGGAGUGGUGUCUCAGGUGGAUACAUGAAGCAAGGGGCUUCUAAGCAGGUUGCAGAGUCCCAUUAAUUGAAUGAUAAAGGAAGUAAUUUAGACUCCUUUUGCCUCAGAAUUUUCAGAGCAGGCAAAGGUGGAUAUGGGAGGCAGCCUCAUUGUCCCCUCCUCCUGGAAAGUGCUUCAGGUCAUUUUGUUGUAAGGCUCUGUAUGUGUGCCCUUUUAAAGCACAUCCAAAACACAUCAUUUCCCCCCUCAGAAUUCUGGGCACUGUAGUUUACCCCUCAGAGUUAAAAUUCCCAGGAACCCUUAGCAAAAUAAUGCCCAGAACCCUUUGGGGGGAAUGUGCUUUAAAUGCACUUUAAAGGUAUAGUAUACCAGGUAUAGCAGACUCCCUGAGUCUGCCUGAGAAGCCUUUCAGAUAUUCAAAUCUCUGACUAUUCUUUCCAUCUGGAUCUUUUGUUUUGCAAACAUCACCAAUCUAAGGGACUCUUGUUUUUUUACACCCACAGUUAUGCCAUGUUUUCUUUCUUACCUUCCAUAAUGUCCCCAAACUUGUUAUUACUUUGUCUCAUUCAGACUUUCCACUCACUAGACUGGGGCAAGGUGAGGAAUUGUAGCCUUAGUUUUGCUUCUGGAGUACAUUUUAGAUUUACAAACCAAGCAGGUUCCAUUUCUCUUGGGGGGGGGGCAGGGAGAUCAGUUGACAGACAAAGCAUUUCAUUUAUUUUCUGGCUUCCUGCAAGUCAAACACAAGAGGUUUUUUUGUUUCUUAAAUAGUGCUGAUUCCCGUAGGAAAAACACCCAGGCCAAACCAAACCAAGUCUGGCAUUGUGCAUACAAGCCGUAUCUGUACUCGUAUCCAAAAGAGCUGUACAGCCUUUCAUUAACAAGAUAGUACUUGAAACAUACACAGUGUGUGCCAAUUGUAUUUCAAGCUGAUGUGCCAAUCUCUGGGCUACAUGACGUUAAUCAGAUAGCUUGUUUACAGAAACUUGGCAGGUACUAGUUUCAUUGUUGGUAGUUGUAGAUGACAGUGACGUUUCCUCAAGAACUGGAAGCUAUAGCAGGACAAAUUCAAUUAUGCAUCAACUGCAGGAAUAAAUGUGUAACUACUGAGUCAUGUUGAGGAGGGGUCUCUAUCCUUUGCAAUCUUCUCAAUCCCAAUGCCCUUCUAAAAAAAUCAGGGAGUGGGAUUACUAGUCUUGCAUAGCUAUAUACAUGUAUAUCCCUAUAAAUGUGUUUUAAAUCAAAGCAAUUGGGGGUGGUGACAUCAUUCCACCAAGAUGGUGGCUUAGACCAUAAUUCCCUGCUCCCCACAGAUGAAUCAGUUAAUUUGACAGAUCCUAGAAUUUGAUUUGCUUCAGUUCCAGGCAUGCCUGACCUAAGAUGCAUCAAGGAUUUCAGUUCAUAUAAGAAUGGGACGCUGCCUCAGUAAUAGGCCCUUGAGGUAAUUAUGUGGGUUCUUCAAUGGCGUUAAAAGGAACAUUUAUGGUAGAUUUAUGGCUGAUUGGUUAAAUUCAGGACUGAUAUAGUGGAAGACUGGUCAAAAGCAUCAAAACCGCAACAAACAAAGGAAUUGAAAUGUUAAAAGAUUGCAAAGUGAAGACCCUACGCUUGAAGUUGUUACGGUAUUUGGGCCCUGUCAAAGGAGAAGCAAGAAGUCAGGUGGCAAACUGGUGGACCUCGAGGGCAGUAAUAUCCAUAAUAAUCUUAGGGUGACAUGGGGUCCUGGGGAGAAGGUUACUGUGGAGACAAUAAAAAGCUUAGUAGCACAGCUUAAUUAACUGUUUCCUGGUUUAAUUUAUUACCAGUACUGCAAGAUAUAGAGCAAGUCUGUCGAAUACCUAACCCCAAGCUAAGAGGAGGAAAGAUGCCAGGGGAAUCUGAUAGUUGGUUUUUAUACAAUAUGGGAUGAAGAAAGAAGUGUUUAAAAAAAAAAGCCAGAAGCUUGGAACCACUGGGAUGCACACAAGUCUUUAUCAGGAUUGGAGCCAAAACAUGCUACAAUGCAGAAAAAGCUUUAAAUCCUACAUUGAGCAACUAAGAAAAGCAGGACUGGGACUGGAAAUUCCACUUAAAAUUUAUAGUCAGCUUUGAUGACCUAGUCUAUCUACUCACAAAGAAGCAAACAAACUAAUGCUGUUUCUGGGCCUGAAACCAAAUAAUGAAUGAACGGGAUGACUCCAGUUGUUUGGAAAAUACCAAAGACACAUUGAAUCUGCUCAGACAAGCCUUUACCUAAUAGCCCUGCAAAGGGGGUCAAAUUCUAGGAUCAGUCAAAUUAACUAAUUCAUCUGUGGGGAGCAGGGAAUUAUGGUCGAAGACAAUUGUGGAGGUAAAUUUCCCUUCCCAGAUGCAUAUGCUCAUUAUUGAAAGCCUGGUAAUUUUAAACACAGUGUAACUUGUGAAAGCAUGUUUUUAAAAAAGAAAAUCACUCUUAUACUAAGAAUGAAAUAGAAAACUAUAUAGAGGCAUGAACUGAUAAAUUAGAACUCUGUGUGUGCCCAACCAGGUAGGCUUAUCUGAGCUUCAUCUGUACAUCAAAGGAGAAAGAUGCCAAUUCUCCAUCAUGUUCAGAGCUACAAAUUACCACACUACCUAUGGAGAGCUGUAUACAUGUGCAAUUUUAUCCUCCUACGAUAACCGGAAGUGGAUCAGGAAAUCUAUAACCAGCAAGUCUCGUACACUGAAUAUUGUAAACCUGGGUGUUUUAGAAAAAGAAAUGAGAAUGGGCUUCCAACUUGUUGUUUAUGAACCUAUUUACAGAGUGAAAGGCUUGCUUAAGAAUCAACAGUUUGGAUUUGGGAAUGUUGUCAAUACAUUGGUGCAAAACAAAGGUGUCCCCUGUCCCCAAUAUUAUUUGCCCUAGUGAUGGAGCUUUUAGCAAAUGCCUUUCUAUCUUUAAAGGGUAUUAAAGUAGCUGACUAGAUUUACUUGAACUUUUUUUUUUAAUACUAAUUAUAUUGCUUUAAUGGUUCCAAAUCUGAAGGCGCAAUACCAGCUUUAAUGGAGAUUACACAAGAAGAAGAAAAAAGGGGGGCAGGAUUGCAAGCGGCCUAUUAUAUAAAGGUGAGGCUCACAUCUUUUGCUCCACCCACUUUUGUCUCUGGCCCCAAGCACCAUUGGAGUGCAAGCCCUGAAAGGUUGCCUAUGUGGGAAUGUGGCCCUCGGGCUGAAAAAGGUUCUCCACGCCUGGUGUCCUGGUUGCCUACUCCUGUUUUACAGGCACUGCACAGCUGUGAUUGUAAAACCACAUGCAAAGCAGAUAAUUGACUGAAAUCAAUGUGCCCUGCAUCUGCAAUCAAGCUACCAGAGUAAUAACUAGCUCAAAGGUUAGUUAACACACUGCAACAAUCGAUGGUUACUAACGUGAAACGAAUAUGUUUUAAUAACAUGAAUGUACUUCAGUAUCGUUUUAGGGAUUAACUGAGAGAAAUCUGAAGUGCCUGUUGCUAUUAUUUCAUGUUACUUCAAUAGCAACCAAUUUGGUCAGAGUAUGUGCAACUCUGUAGUGAGGCAUUUAACUCUACCCACUCCUCCAAUAAUUUUCCCAGUCUAGGUCAGCACCAUGAAUUAAAAUACAUGAAUUUCUCCAACGAAUCCUGGGAACUGUAGUUAAGAAUGCCGGGGAUUAUUUCUGCGAGGGGAAAGCUAUAGUUCCCAGGAUUCUUUGGGGGAAGUCAUGUGCUUUAUAUACCGGUAUGUGCUAGAUGUGCUUUAAAUGUAUGCUGUGAAUUUGACCUAAACCACCUGCCCAGCCCCACCUGUUAGCCCUAGACACACAGAGAGAAACACUUUUGACACUGAACCAUCAGCUUCAGUUCUGGAAUUUGUCAUAGGAACAGGCCAUGUUGUUUUAACCAUGUCCAGUACCGUACUUGUUGCAUUACAAGUAACAUGGACUUCCUGUGAUGUAGAAGCAUGUGCCAAUUUUUGCGGAGGAACACAGAGUUCCAUUCUGUUUCCCAUCUCUUUGUUUGAACAGCAGAAUUCAGACACUGAUAACAUCGUCACUACCUACCAAGUUUAGCAAACUAAACUUGGCUCUAAAAUUUCCUUUCGAUUAAACAAUUGAUUUCAAAUCAUUUCUAUACUGAUUUGUAUCGUAGGAUCCUUGCAGAAUUCUUGCAAGAUGAUCACAUUCUCAAUCUCAAAAUCUCUUUGGGCUAAACUGUUGCUGUAUCCCUGAACAUAAAUGCAGAGUAAAGCCUAGGACACUUAUCUCUGGCUGUCCAUAAUCUUAUGAAUUGGAGGGACUUUAAAAUUUAAAAUAUUAUUGACUUUUUAUAUUUGAAAUAGUUUUGAAAGUGGCUUAGAGAUCUGCACUAAAAACAGAAUAAAAAGGAGCACGGAAAACCAAUUAAUAAGCAAGAUAUUUAAAUGGUGGGUGGGAUUGCCAACAUAAUUUUCCUGGAACCUCAGAAAUUUUUUGAAUUUUCUAUUAUUAUUUUUGCCAUGCUUGUAAAUCUGUGCACAAGUUAAAUGUGUGUAAGUUGCAGGCUUACUGUACUAUAUACAGGAGCAAACAAGAAGGAUAACAGAAGCUGACCACUUAAAUUCAGGAGUAACUACCGGUAGCUUUCUAAAAACUCGGUGUCACCAGCAAGUCAUGGCUAUUUUUAUAUUGUUACACUCACCGCACUGAGCAUAACUGAGAAGGUUCAACAACACAGUGCUUUUGGUUUCAUUUGGGAAAAGCACCCUAGAAGUUUACUGGUGUUCUGUAAUUGUGCUUAUUUACAAAUAUAUAAUUCGAGCAUAGGUGGAGGCACAACUUAAACACUCCAAACAGAGAGCCAAAGUCCACUGUGCCCAAAUCAGGUGAUCAGGGAGACAGCCAGCACCCUGAAAUACUGUUAGCUGGAACUCAAAAUGUGAGCCCUCUGUGCCUGUAUGUCUUCCUCAAACGGCAGUCUCUCUUCACACACAGGAUAUUUUGAUCACAUUAUCCCUACUCCGGUUUGGGUAUUUCAGGUAUUUCCUAGCCACUUGAAAGGCUUGCCGUUGGUAGCAGUCAGCCAAUCACUGACAGUGGUCUUUUGGGUCAUAUCAGCGGGGCCGAGUUGGAGGGGAUCGUGUCAUCUGGGCAGCCCUGGACCUCCAUACACGCUGCCCAAGCUUGCACCCUGGAGAGGUCACUUUGGUGCUACAAAUGCAGCAAAAACAAUGUGUGAGGCAGCGGUUAUGAGUUAUGAACUCAAUGUGAUUGGCGUAAGGUAUGAGCACAACAGGUUGCCUUGCCUUCAUCGGUGGGAAAGUUCACAGUGUCUCACUGGUCAAUGAAGUGCUGAUCUGCCACUGUCUACCUGCUACAAUGGGUGCUUGGAGCUCAGAGUAUCACUCAACAAGCAGAGUGAACAACUGCACCAGGCACCUGCCAAAGAAGAAAAGGAACAACCCUGGUGUGUGGGAAUCCCUUGCAGACAACACAGUGCCUGGAGACAGAUCGUGUAUCCGCAGACCGCAGCAGUGACCAGAGAAGGAAAGACAGCUGCAAUAAACACAGAGAAGAAAUGUCAUGGUGCAUCUGCAGUGGCAUAACCGGAUGCCGUAUCUGCUUCAGUUGCAAGAAAACAUGUCUCUCCGUAUUGGUCUCUACAACCACAGCAGGCGCUGUAACUCCAACAGUUUGACUUCAUCCACAAAGGUGUGAUCCUCCAUUGUCUCCCAAGACAGAUGGAUGCCCACAAGAAGUCUUCCAAAACAACUACUAGUUUCCUUCUCCUUUUUGACCCCCAAUCCCACAACAAUAGAAUAUGCCGUCAGCCCACCUAUAAACAUCAACUGUUCCUAUAUGGAUUUUUGCAUGUGUUAAGACAUAUUAACUGCCUAUGAAUUGGACUGUAUGGAUAAGCCCAUUUAUAUUUCGAAACUGUAAAAUGGGGCAUCUUUCACUGAUGAAUUUUUUUCUGUAUUGGUUUCAUUUCAUUUCUGGUAUACUUGUAUUUUAUUUGCAUUAAAGUGUGGGGUGUUUUGUUUUUGUAAAACUUCUUAAUCCAACCCAGCACAUUUUAGAAUUUUAUUUAGAUCCAGGGAUAGCAAAAGAUUUCAUUUCCAUUGAAAGAUGGAAAUCAAUAAAAGUUUCCUUUGUCUACAGUCAGUCUUAC